UUCACUGAGUCUGCGCAGAGCCGCGAGCUGCGCCGCCUGCUACACUGUUGUUCAAAGAGAACCGAACAAACUGAGAUACGCAGCGAUUUAACGGGAACCGGAGCCAUAAUCUGCAGUUAAAUCCACCCGAGAGGAGACAGAAGAGGCUGAAGAGGAGGAGGAGGAGAGGAAGAGCUGCGGAGGAGAAGCAGAAACAGGAGAAGUGGAAGAGGAGGAGGAGGAGGACUGAGAGGAAAAAAUCGGGAGCCAGUGGAAAAUGCUGCGGAUGUGACUGGAAGAUGUCCAACGUUAACAUGGAAGCUACCAACAUCCUCCCCAUCCUGAAGAAGAAGCUGGCCUUCCUGUCAGGGGGCAAAGACCGUCGCAGUGGUCUGAUCCUGACCAUCCCUCUCAGUUCAGAUCAGACCAGCAUGGAGGAGCUCAGCGCCACUCUGGACUACCUGCUCAGCAUCCCCAGUGAGAAAUGUAAAGCUCGAGGUUUCACCGUCAUCGUGGACGGACGGAAGUCUCAGUGGAACAUCGUGAAGACAGUGGUGCUCAUGUUGCAGAACGUGAUCCCGGCUGAGGUGUCUCUGGUCUGCGUGGUGAAGCCGGACGAAUUCUGGGACAAGAAGGUCACACACUUCUGCUUCUGGAAGGAGAAGGACCGUCUGGGCUUCGAGGUGAUCCUGGUUUCGGCCAAUAAGCUGACUCGCUACAUCGAACCCUGUCAGCUGACAGAUGACUUUGGAGGAAGUCUGGACUACGACCACAGCGACUGGCUCAACAAGAGGCUGGUUUUCGAGAAGUUCACGAAGGAGUCGACGUCGCUGCUGGACGAGCUGUCGAUUAUCAACGAGGGCGACAAGAGCAGCUCGGUGGACAAGGACAAAUCAGCUGACUGCACCCUCCUGCCGUCCUUUGACCCCGAGACUGUCCUUCAGACCGGUCAUGAGCUGCUGUCGGAGCUGCAGCAGCGUCGUUUUAACGGUUCGGAGGGAGGAGGAGGAGGACAGGGAGGUCCGGCCUGGUGCCCGAUGGAGGAGGAGCUGCUGGCUCAGCCUCAGGUGAUGAAGCUGCUGGACUCUCUGAGGGAGCAGUACACCAGAUACCAGGAGCUCUGCAGGCAGCGAAACAAACGCACCCAGCUGGACGAGAUCCACGCCAAGGUCAUGCAGGUGGUCACCUGGCUGCAGGGUCCCGGUUCGGAGCUCUUGAAGACCCAGCAGGCGAUCGGAGACUCGAUGCGAGCGGCUCAGGCUCUGCAGCAGAAACACGAGGAGAUCGAGAGCCAGCACAGUGAGUGGUUUGCCGUCUACGUGGAGUUGAACCAGCAGAUCGCCGCCUUGCUCAGCACCGGGGAGGAGGAGGAAGUGGCCGAGCUGAAGGCUCUGCAGCAGCAGCUGAGCGACGUCUGCUACCGACAGGCGGCUCAGCUGGAGAGCCGACAGAACGUCCUGCAGGCGGCGCAGGGCUUCCACAGCACCACACAGGAGCUGUCCCAGCAGCUGGACGGUCUACUGGGCAUGCUCUGUGCCGACGUGGCUCCAGCUGACGGAGCAUCGAUUCAGCAAAACCUCAAACUGCUGGAGGAAAAGCUGCAGACCGUCGAAGCAGGACUUGCGUCUGUGCGUCAGAAGGGGGCGCUGGUCCUGGAGCAGAUGUGCAGCCAGCCGUCAUGGAGUCUGGAGGAAACCGAGAGUCCACCAGGAGACCCGCAGGACAACGUUCAGCAGAUUCAGUCUGUGAUGGAGGAGAUGCAGCUCCGCAAGCAGCGAUGUGAGGACAUGGUGGACGUGAGGAGGCUCAAGAUGCUCCAGAUGGUCCAGCUGUUCAAAUGUGAAGAAGACGCUUUACAGGCGGUCGAGUGGCUCGGAGAGCUGCUGGACGCCUUGCUGAAGACUCACGUCCGACUGGGAGACGACUCUCAGGAGACCAGGACCAUGCUGGACAAACACCGCAAGUUUGUGGACGUCGCUCAGAGCACCUAUGACUACGGCCGCCAGCUGCUGCAGGCCACCGUCGUCCUCUGUCAGUCUCUGCGCUGCACCACUCGGUCCUCCGGAGACACGCUGCCGAGACUCAACCGAGUCUGGAAGCAGUUCAGCGUCAGCGCCGAGGAGAGGCAGCAGAGACUGGAACUGGCUCUGAACUUCCACACCGCUGCUGAGAGGGUGUUCCAGCAGGAAUUUGUGGAGGCCGAGUCUCUGGAUGAAGUCGACUCUUCAGGGAAAACUCUCCUGGACAGACUGACCACGCCGAUUAUCUUCCCUGAUGGGAGCGAGCAGUACUUCGGGAGUCCCAGCGACACGGCAGCAGCAGCGGAGGGCGUCAGAGAGCGCCUCCUGCUGGUGGAGGAGCGACGGCUGCAGCUGCAGGAGGCGAGUCUUCAUAACGACGAGGAGGAGGAGGAGGAAGAAGUGCUGAACGGGCAGGAGGCGAGACUAGAUGUGAUCGGGGAGGAACUGAGUGAGAAAGAGGAGCAGGAGGAGGAGGAGGAGGAGGCGGGGCAGCAGGAUGAAGAUCUAGAGAGAACCACACAGGACUGCUAAGGGUCGCUGAGCACGUUAAACCGAGCAGCCUUAAUGAAGCUCGAUUCAUCUCCACCUCCGACGUGUCCUCCCUGAGCCAGCAGCGCCGUCGUUCUGUCGCCUCCUCGGUGUUUGUUUUUAUUCAGACUAUCACUGCUUCACCUUCUCCUGCAGGAGGAUGAACACAGUGGAAGCAAAAACUGUGAAAGCUGGAAGAUCAGCAGCCGUCGGCGUCCAAACGUAACAAAUGUAAAAUACUGGAGUUAUUAUUUACUGGAAUAAUUAAUAUUCAUGUCUCUGGAUGCUCUAUAGAUGAUAAUCGACUGUAAAAUAAUCCAUUUUGGAUGCUCCUAAUGUUCACCUAACACCUCCUCCUCCUCCUCCUCCAUGUUCUCCUGAGUGGGCAGAGCUUCAUGGUGCUUUCUCCAACUUCUACUUGAUCCCUUUCCUGCAUCAACAUUCCUGUAGAUGCUGUCAUGGAGCUUUUCAACACUGGGAUGGAAAUCCUACCAGCUAGAAACAAAAUUCUGCUUUAUUGACUAAAACUUUUCUACAGCAGCCGAGUCGAGUCCUCUACAGCUCAUCGGGAAACGGCAAAAUAAACAAUAGCCAAUCAGCUUAAAGUACAACUUUUACAUUAUUUGUGAAGUCGAACUGAAAUCUAAACUCUCCUCAUUAAGCCUUACUCAUGUCCAUAUGUCUGCAGUUUGCCACACGCAUUUUUAUGGAAAUAAAUAACCCAAAAAAAAAAAAAAAGGAAAUAAAUAACACGAGAAUUCAGCUGUGACACCUUAAAGCAGGGGUGUCCAGGUUCCACAUUCAGUUCCAGUUUGAUCUGAAGUGGACAGGAGCAGUAAAAUCACAGCAGAAUAACCUAUAAAUAACCACAACUACACAUUUUCCCUUUGUUUUAGUGAAAAAAUACAUUCUGAAAAUGUUCAUAUUUAAAGAAUUAUCUUUUUACAAAACAUCAUGAACAACCUGAAAUUUCUUAAUUGACAACAGUCAGACAAAAAAAAACAAGAACAAGACAAAAUAUUACAAAAAUGAGACACAAAACAACAAAAAUGAGAAACAGAAUGACAAAAAAUGAGACAAACGACUCAAAACAAAACAGAGUAAAAACAAUGAGACAAAAAAGUUACAAAGGGACAAAAAAAUGGACAAUGACACAAGCGAAACGAAAAGAACAAAACGACAAAAACGAGACAAAAUAUUACAAAACUGAGACACAAAGUGACAAAAAACAAGUCACAAAACAGUAAAAAAAAAAGAAUGAGCAAUCUAGUAUUUUACUUUAUGAUCAAAACAGCUUGUCAUGGUCUAGAAAUUAUUCUAAAUUUAUAGUUUUACUAAUUUAGAAUCUGCAGUUAAUGUCUUCUGUGUAAUUUUUAUAUUUUGAGUGCUGGAUUGGACCCUCUGGAGGCCUGGUUUUGGUCCACGGCCCGCAUGUUGGACACCUCUGCCUUAAAGUUUGACAUGUAUGAGAUAAUUGUAUCUGCCUUCUGCUACCAAACAUUGGCUGGAAGGUUGUAAACUAAGUUAUAAACUAAGUUAGCUUAAAGGCUAAAUGAGACUCUGAAUAGGCGCUUUAUCGGCGUUAACGUUAUUUCCAUGGAGGUCAAGAAUAAAAACCAUAAUAAGCUAUGACUUUAGAGUGUACAAGACAAACUGUCGACAUCACGGUUGCUGCAUCCAUCUUUUAUAUACAGACCGUCUCCUGCGAAAGCCAAGUUAGCCUGACCACCUCAGAGGUUUUCAGAUGCUUUAUUGCUUUACCAUCACUAGCAGAGUACAUUAACCCUCCUGUUGUCCUCAUUUACGGGCAGCAAAAUAUUGUUCCUUUGUCUGAAAAAAAUCAAAAAAUUCAGCAAAACAUUCCCCAGAUUUCAGAAAAUUUGCAAAACCUUCUGGAAGAAAAUUCCAAUAAUUCCUUAAAAGUUUCCCUUAGAAGUUUUAUUUAAAAAUUCCCAGAACUUCUCAGAAAAGGGAAGACGCCUCCAUUUUACCGCUGAUUUAUGCAGACAGACUAUGACAUUCAUAAUUAAAGCUUUUAUAAACAGCGUGGUUAGGAAUAAGGUGCAUAUUAAUCCAAAAUGUAACUCAAACUGCAGCUUCAUGGUAGAGCGCCUCCGCAAACAAAUCAAGAUGCGGUUUAGAACGAUAGGCUUUUUCCACUGCAGGAACUUGCAGCCUGAAACUUUGUUCGUGUUCCAACUGCUAAGAACUAUCAGAGAUGUUUUAGAGGGAGAAAAAGAUCUUUUCUACCUUCUAAAAGUCCUCAUAGAGUAGCAGUCUUCUCCUCUAACAUCGCCAUCAACAAAGCUAACAUAUCAAACCCUCAAGUUUUCUAUUUUCUAUGUGCAACUGAAAUUACAUCCCAUAAUUGCUAGUUGUCGUUUUGCCACACUCAGAUUUAAUGUUGUGGUCGAAGCUGUUGGAUCCUACUGUCCUUUCAACUGUUUUAUUUCCAUUACGAUGUAGGAUUCCUACAUUGUAAUGGAAAUAAAAUCGUUGAAAGGACCGAUUCCUGUUUGGUGAAGUCACAGCGACCUCUUCAGUCAAAUUAUACUCAGUUCAUCCUGGAAUCCAAGUUAAUGUUUGUGCCAAAUUUGAAGAAGUUCCCUCAAAGCAUCAAUGAGAAUGAGAUGGACAGACACUACAAAAACAUAACACCUCUAGCUGUGGUCAGUGCAGGGGCAUAAAAAUAUCAGAAUAAAUGAAUACAGAGUCUAAAAGUCAAGCCUUUCUGUGUUCAGUACCCAUAGAAACACUGUCAGCUACCAGGUUUCACCACAAACUAGAGAUCAUCGGUGCAUAUGCCAGAAAAUCUCAGGAGUAUUAGCAACUGGUAAUGUUGAUUAGAGGUUCAAAUAAUCAAAAAAGAUCAAAAGUCAAAGGAGUAAUAUGUUGAACUGUUUGACUAGAUCUUCCUGACUAGAUCCUUGCUUGUGUUGGAUCUACUCUCAGAUGUACGUCGCUUUGGAGAAACUGAGAUUGUAGAGUUCUAUUUUAGUGCCUACACGCUACAAACUACAAACAAGACCCGUUGGUGCCAAAUUCAUAGAGAGAAAACUGAAGUAAACGCUUCCAAAAUAUAGAAUCCAGCUCAUGAUUGGCUUCAUCUUCCUGCCUGUUGUCUCGACUAUAUCGCUCCCUACGGUUCGGCCCAGAUAGAAAACGGUCUGAGUGGGAUCAUGGACCAUGUGGAUGUAUGGUCUAACGGACCAGUUUGGCUGUGAAAAUGUCUGGCAACAUGCUGCAGAUGUCUUCCACUUCCUAAACACUAAACUGAAGGAUUGUGGUGUGCUUCGUAUCUGUGUUUCUCAAACUUCCAGCUGCCUGAUUCUAGAAGGGAAAAGUUUGAAUGAUCAACUCAUGGACCUUGUUUUUGGACGUCUUUGGAGCUUUGGCAAAUGUGGAAACAGACCAAGGAUUUAUUAGCAUAAAUUCAUUUUCAUUUCAGUUUGACUUUAAGCUGGCUGAGUGGACGUUUCUCCUGGAACAUCUCUUGUUGUCCUCAUUGGAACAUUAAAGAUGCUUUCACCUUUCAAGGACUCAAAAUCCUCCAUCGAUGAACCGACUUCUGAGUGUCCCAGCUUUGCGGGCAUGACAACAUUUGAACAGGACAGAUUCCUUUUCUAUUUAUUCGACCUUUUUCCAUGCAGACCUUCUGUAGUUGGUACUUCUGGCCAGUGACUGCUGCUGUAACUGAAAUGAUGCUUUCUGCCCUCCAUCCGGUGAAAUCUAUACAUGAUUCUCUAAAUAAAGCUUUUGAAGUUGA